AUGAGUCAAGUUCAAAUUAGACAAGUACCAAUAGCUACAUCAACUGAUGCGCAAAGAGUUGUUGGCUCAUGGUUUCCAACGGGUUAUUACGGAAAUUUUCGAGCUAAGUCACGAGCUGACCUAUGCAAUUAUUUUCGUCAAUUAGCUCGACCUACUCCACCCAGAAAAUUUGUCGAUCGACAAAAAACUGAAGCUACUAAUCAUGCAUUUUCUAUACAUGAUAAUCGUUUCAAAUUCGAAUGUGAUCCACUUGUUCGCGGUACUCAAACGGGUUUCGGUAAACGAAAAGCUAAAGCUAAUGCACGCGGUGAAUUCGAUCCAUUGUUUGUUAGUUGGGUACCCAAAAAUACUGAUCGUAGCGCAUUCGUUGAUGAAGUUAAAAUAACAUCAUAUGCUGAUGACUAUAAUCGAGAUUCAACUUCACCACAUAUACUAUCCGAAGUUCAAUUUAUUCAGCCAACCCAUACUGCUAGCGACGAUGCUACAACAUCAUCGACGCCAGAUAUAACUGCUUAUUCAAUGGCAUAUAAACAUGGUCAACCGGAUAAUGAGCAAUCGAAACAGAUUCGUCGGGAAACAUUCGAAAGAUUUUUAACAACACGUACACGUCUUGUAGAACAACAGCGGAGUCAACAUAGUACAAGCGUUGCAUCAUGUCUUGUUUGGAAUCAUGCCAAUGAGGACACGAAACCUUCAACGUCAAACGAUAAAAUGAUUAAUAUAGUCGUACCUAUUACAUUACAACCUCGUGUUAUUCCGAAUAUUUACAAUAAUCGCAAUAACCAUAAUAACGCUUCGCCGCGGCAACGCGCACAAAGUGCUGGGCCUCGUCUCAUAUCAACUGGGUCCGAUCAGCAACCACCACAGAGAACAUUUCAAAGUCAACCAAUUCAAUCGGUGCAAACAACAAUGACAACUCUAGAACGACCACAUACAGCUACCACUACUUCUCGUGAACAUUAUACAGGAGGAAAUUUUGGCCUUAGGGCAGCACCGCCUCCACGAGCAACUACGGCAUUUGAACGUACUACUACAAAUAGUAUGGAUAGCCUUGUGUCGAAGUAUAUGUAA